UAGAAUAAUUUAAUAAUAAAGUAAGAAAGCUCCAACGGUCGAAAAAUAGCUUCCCUUUCUUCCAUAACGGUUCACUGUCUCAGUUCCCCGCUAACGUUACACUUCACUUCUCUUUCUCUCUCUCUCUCUCUCUGUCUAUCUGUGCAAUAUCUUCCGAAUUCUGUGUCUUAGGGUUUCUCAGUAUUUGCAUCUCUCUCUCUCAAUAUCUUCCGAACUUUGUGUCUUAGGGUUUUACACUAUUUGCGAGCUGAUAAUUGUUAGGUGUUAAAGAACAAUUCACCCAAUUCGCUGCUCUCUCUCUCUCUCUCUCUCAUCGGUCGCUCUGUGGAAUGGAGCCAGCCAAAAUCGAUUGGAAAGCUAUUAACUCGGUAUUUGUCGAAGACGAGCUCUUUGAGCACAUAAAUGCCCCUCAAUGGAUCGAUUUGUCUGCUCCUCAAGACUCUAUUGAUGAUGAAUCUUGGUUCUGCAGACCUGAUUGCAAUCAUCCCAAGACAGUUGAAGAUUUCCUGAAAGAAACUUCUAAUUCAAAGAUUCGAGGAUCAGCUAGGGUUUCUGAGAUCCUUCCAUUGGGUGAUUGGAGUCGGAGAGAUGGUACUUUGAAAAGAAGAGGGCUCGUUCAACCUUUAGUUUCGUCAGACAAAGACUCAAAUUGUGAUAGAUUAGUCGAAAAUAGCGAAAAUCAAAACCCUAAUUUUUCUACUCCCAGUAAACAGUACAACUCCAUGAAAGCAGCAAUCAAGUCAAGCACAGAGAAGAAACAGAUCGAUAAUUCCUUGCAGAAGGAAGAUACACCGCUGCUGAAAAGCACGCUAUCAGCUCGGAAUCUGUUUGCAGGACGAGAUAUACUGAAUCAGAUAACGGAUUUUUGCAAUGAAUUGAAGAGAUUGGCGACGAGGGCGAAAGAGAGAGAGAAUGUGGAGAGAUCAAACACAAAGAAGAGUCCGGUGGUUGAAUGUCCUGACGAUGAUGAUAGGGGGGAUUCGGAUGAGAGAGAGAAAGAAAGGAAGCCACUGCUUGAGGUAAGAAAGGAGAAAUGUGACACAACGGAGAAGAGCCAUGUCAAGGCGAAGCUAAACAGGAAAAAGAGAACUGAUCAGGAGGCAGAGAAUAUUCCAAUCUCUGUGGAUCUGAAGAAUGUGAAGCGCAAGGAAGAGGAAAUCUUGUCACAAAUCCGAACCCUUCCUCCCUCACCACAAUGUUUUUCAGCUGGCCGCGGGCCCACCAAAGCCACCCCUCUCAAAGCUUCUCGAUCUAGGCCGCCUCUGGAGAGGGGAAUCCUUCAAGAGCUGGGGCAGAGCAAUAAGGAAGUGCGAAAUGAUGAACCUGCUGCGGACAAAGGAAAUCACAGAGGAACAAGGGCUUCUAAUGCUGCUGAAAGAGAAGCAAGAACCUUAGAUGUUUUUUGGUUCCUGAAGCCAUGCACAAUUUCUAACUAAGAUAACUGCACAGUAAGAAUCAAGUUCAAAAUUAUUCAUUCAUUCUUUCCAUUUUUACACUUGAAGUUCCACCAUUUAGUAGUUUACAUCAAUAAUACCUUAUUUGUUGUUAUAUAUCUUUCAGUUUUUGUUAUUUCUUAAUUCAUUUGGUCUUGAGGAUAAAAAAUGUAACAGGGAACUCAGUUAUUGUUGUACUCAAAACCAACUUUACUGAAUAAGAUGCGCGAUGCGCUUUUACCUCU